CAUAUGCGGAGCGUGCUCGUUGUGUUUUUUGGUUCGAAGAAACGAAGCUUGAUACACAAGUUCAAAGGAUAUUUCGCACUCAGCAUCGCAAGGAACCUCCCAGUAGGCCUACAAUUUACUCCUGGCACAAGAAUUUUGUUCAGACCGGAUGUUCUGUGCGCCAUGACAAGCCACCCGGUCGGCCACGUGUUUUCUGAAGCUACAGUGGAACAGAUUAGGGAGAACUUCGUUCGAAGUCCACGAAAGUCAACGCGAUGUGCGUCUCGGGAAACUGGUAUUCCAAAUGUUACUGUGUGGCGAGUGUUACCAAAACGUUUACACUUAAAAGCGUACGCAUUAUCCAUCGUUCAGCACCUUACGGAUGCAGAUAAGGUGGUUCGUAAGGAAUUCUGUAUGCAAAUGUUUCAUCGGAUACAAGACGAUGAGAAGUUUCUGGACUCCGUAAUUUCCGGUGAUGAGAGCACGUUUCAUGUCAGCGGAUGUCACUGUCAUGUCACUGCAGGAUCUGGGUCAGCGAAAAUCCACGUGUCUCCCUGGAACAUGUUCGUGAUAGCCCAAAGGCCAAUAUGAUUUUACUCUGGAUGCUGUUGGUGAUUUUGUUUGCAGCUCUGUCAGCUGUCCUGCAUGUGAAUG